AUUCUAUUUAAACUCUCACCUCUCAUUCUUCAUCUUUGCGCGAUUCAACAAAUCACUGAUAUUUUUCUACAGAGAAAAAUCAACACACAAAAGAAAAAGAAAAAAAAUCUUUCAAUUCAUCCGAAUUUACCUUCUCAAUCAUCAUCUCAAAUUCUGUGUUUGAGAAAUUUAGGGGAGAACCCAGUGUGAUCACGUUGUAGACAUCACGGCUAUAUACGGAAAGAUUCCGAUACUAGUUCAUGUCCGAGCAGUACGACGAAAGGGUUGUGUAACUGAAAGUAGCAGCCCAUCGCCGCACGGAGGGCGUGGAGCUUUGCCUUCUGAAGGAGGCAGUCCUUCUGAUCUUUUAUUUCUUGCUGGUGGUGGUUUUCAAUCUUCCUCUGCUUUCCUUUCUUUGCACUAGAUUAGUUAGAGUUUAGUAUUAAUUUUCAUUCUCAAAUUUUAAGAAUUCAUCAAACUUUCGGAUUUCGGAUUUUCUAUUGCAUAUAAAUAAGUAAGAAAAAUCGAAUUUUUAGUCUCAAAGAUUUGUGGGUUUUUAGAGAUUUGUUGUCCAAAAUCUGUAAAAAAUCAAAAUUUGGAAAAGAUGUUGAGGAUCAAGCGAGUUCCUACUAUGGUUUCUAAUUACCAGAAAGAUUCUGAAGAACAACAACAAGUUGGCUGUGGUCGCAACUGCCUUCGCAGCUGCUGUCUUCCAGGUGCAAAUCUCCCUUUGUAUACCUUCAAGAAGGUGAAAAACAUGAUGGAUGAGAAGAUGGAGUCUCCUGUGCCCUUUUUGGAUUCACUCCUUCUCGGAGAGUGGGAGGAUCGUGUGCAGAGGGGUCUUUUUCGCUAUGAUGUCACUGCCUGUGAGACCAAGGUGAUUCCUGGACAGUCUGGAUUCAUUGCUCAGCUGAAUGAGGGCCGCCAUCUUAAGAAACGCACUACUGAAUUUCGGGUUGAUAAGGUUCUACAACCUUUUGACGGAAGCAAAUUCAAUUUCACUAAAGUUGGUCAAGAAGAAGUGCUUUUCCAAUUUGAAGAGACCGAUGGUGAUGAAGCUCAGUUCUUCCCAAGUGCUCCAAUUGAUACUGAUAACUCUCCAAGCGUUGUUGCUAUUAACGUGAGCCCUAUUGAAUAUGGUCACGUUCUAUUGAUCCCAAGGAUCCUUGAGUGCUUGCCACAGAGUAUCGAUCACAAGAGCUUGUUGCUUGCAAUCCAGAUGGCUGCAGAAGCCGGGAAUCCCUACUUUCGACUGGGCUACAACAGCUUGGGUGCGUUUGCAACUAUUAACCACCUUCACUUUCAGGCUUAUUACUUGGCUGUGCCAUUCCCCAUUGAAAAGGCUGCGACGCGUAAAAUUUCCAUUCUCAACAAUGAAGUGAAGGUGUCUGAGCUCUUGAACUAUCCAGUUAGAGGUCUCGUCUUUGAGGGUGGAAAUAAUAUGCUAGCUUUAUCAGAUGCUGUAUCAGACUCUUGCAUUUGCCUUCAAGACAGCAACAUACCAUACAAUGUUCUCAUAGCUGACUCGGGGAAAAGGGUUUUCGCCCUCCCACAGUGUUAUGCGGAGAAACAGGCUCUUGGGGAAGUGAACCCAGAGCUUCUAGACACCCAAGUUAAUCCAGCAGUAUGGGAGAUAAGUGGUCAUAUGGUGUUAAAGAGGAAACAGGAUUACGAGGAAGCAUCUGAGGAAAAUGCUUGGAGACUCCUGGCUGAGGUCUCUCUCUCUGAAGAACGUUUCCAAGAAGUGAAAGAUCUUAUCUUUGAAUCCAUUGCAUGUGGAGAGGAUGGAUGUGUAACUAGCACUCACAGCUUGGACGCAGAAUUGGAUGCCAUUAGCAGUGGAGCCGACCAUUCUCUGGUUCCUGGCAACCAAGAGUGCUUAGUUCAGCAGUGAUGCCGGACUACAUCUCUCGGUUACAGUCCUUGGUAAGUCCAUAUGUUGGUGUUACUGUCUGAGGUAUGAUUGUUAAGUAAAUAAGGCACACCAUGUGGUUAUUGCCAUUGUUGUUGUUACUGCUUGAUCAUUAUCUGUUCCUAGACUCCUUGCUUUGGUGUUGUCUUGAUGCAUAUAUGUGGGUUUAAUUGGUGCUCUGUUGAUGUGAGAGGAAAACUAUGUACUGUAUUUGCUCUCUUAUGCUAUAAUUGAUUCUGUAUAAAUUCUCAUGUCUUCAAGCCGGUUUCUUUUCUGGCGCCCAA